AUUGCGAGCUCAAAGUAAAAAGCUGUGUGCAUAGCAAAAAGUGAAGCUGGUACUUCCAGAUGAUCGCGAACAACAGGACCAGACUCGGAAAUGGCGUCACCGACAAAACGACAGUGACUUCCGCGAAGACCUCUCGGAACUUGUAUGUUCUGAAGUACAGCAUGCAGAAAAGCGUCAAAAUCACAGUUGAUACGAUGUAUUCUAGCAGCACGAUCCAGAAGGUAAACAGGUUUCUGGAGUUGGAUUGCAGAGGGUCAUCAAGAUCUAAAUAGUACAGCCUUGUAUCUGAACAUACAUACGUCAGUACGCAGCGUUGGGGACGUAUGUCUCGGGCGUGGCGCAACGCGGUAAGCGAGCCGAGUUCGCCGCUUCACGUACAUGCUAUGAGCAGUAGAGACAGCAGGAUCACCUUGACAUAUGGAAUCUGAGGGCUGAGUCAGGAACACGCCGUCCCAUGGCGCUGCGGAGGCCGAACACGUACCCGGUGAUGGCGGCUUACUGACAGGUUGAAGACCAUGUGUCUACACACACUUAUUUUGUGUAAGAGGAGAUCCAGAAUGAUGAGGACGUUGUCGAACUCGACGUAUUUAUCGGCGAAGUUGUGACAGUGUUCCUAACCAUUGCAGGAGUAUGAGCCGGUUGUUUUGCGCGUGUGCAACGGCGAUUGCGACGGCUUCUGGAGAGGUCGAGAGAAACCUGCUGAUCGAACAAGAAGAUGGAGGUCAGAUUUCUGGCUGCAAAAUAGCGAAGGCGUUGGAGGAGGCGGCCUUACGGGUAGAGAAGGGCCAGCGGCUGCUUUUGGUUGACGCGCAGCAGCGGGUGGUUCACCCGAACGAGUCUGGAGACUUUUUGCUGGAGUCGUUGGGCGAUUACAUGUUGAUAAGUUCUGAAAAAGAGCUUCAGGAGGUGACGUCUAGGAUGAAGAAGAAGUGCAGCGAGAGUUCUAGAAAUCCGCGGUCGUUUGCGAAGCGAGAUUGUAUGGCUCAGAUAGAGAGGGAGAUGCAGGAGAUGUGGGCUGAGUCGCGAGCGUUUGAGAUGGAUCCGCCGGCGGACGCGGACCGUGCUGCGCCGUCUUUUUUGAUCACGUUUCCCAUGCCUUACAUGAAUGGUUGUUUGCACCUUGGACACACGUUUUCUCUGUCCAAGCCUGAGUUUGCGUGUGGAUACCAGCGCAUGUUGGGUAAGAGGGCGCUGUUUCCGCUGGGGUUUCACGCUACUGGAAUGCCGAUUAAGGCUUCGGCUGAUAAGCUUCGCCAGGAGAUUGAGGCGUUUGGAAAUCCGCCGGUGUUUCCGGAGGAGGAGGAGGAGUCUCCUCGGUUGGUUCGCAUAUUCGUUCCGCAGAGCGAGCAGAUCGUCCAGUGCAACGUGGGCAGAAGCAGGAAGAGCAAGGCUGCGUCCAAGACCUCGAACGCGAAGUACCAGUGGCGAAUUAUGCAGUCGUUGGGGAUUCCGGAUGAGGAGAUUUCGAAGUUCGUGGAUCCCAAGCACUGGAUAGAUUAUUUUCCAUACCAGGCGAUGGGGGACUUGAGGGCCCUGGGUUCGAAGAUCGACUGGAGGCGGGCGUUCGUGACGGUGUUCAAUCCGUACUACGACAAGUUCGUUCAGUGGCAGUUUUGGAGGCUCAAGGACGCCGGGAAGAUACAGUUUGGGAAGCGGAUUACGAUUUAUUCGCCUAAGGACGGGUGCGCCUGCAUGGACCAUGACCGACAGACGGGCGAGGGGGUGCUGCCGAUGGAGUACACGGCCGUCAAGCAGAGGUUGUUGGAGCCGUAUCCGGAGAAGCUGAAGGAGCUGGCGGGGAAGAAGAUCUACCUCAUAGCGGCGACGCUGAGGCCGGAGACGAUGUAUGGUCAGACGAAUUCGUGGGUGUUGCCGGGAGGCGAGUACGGGGUGUACGAGAUGAGGGGUGGUGAGUACUUCGUCUGCACGGCUCGAGCUGCGCGGAACAUGUCUUUCCAGGACCGCAGCUUGGAGUGGGGAGAGGCGAGGUGCGUUGCGAGCUUGAAGGGCUCGGACUUGGUUGGGAGCAGGGUGCGGUCUCCGCUGUGCCUUUACGACAGCAUUUACGUGUUGCCGAUGAUGAUCGUGUCUAUGGAGAAGGGGACUGGGAUAGUGGCGAGCGUGCCGAAUCAGUCGCCUCACGACUGGGUGGCUUGGCACGAUUUGUUGAGGAAGCCGGAGGGUCCCGGGUACUGCGUCGACGUGGCGAAGAUGUUGGAGCCGUACGAGAUUUUGCCGAUAGUGCAUCUGCCGGACUUUGGCGACCAGGCGGCGGAAGUCGUGGUGAAGUCGCUGAAGAUUCGGUCGCAGCACGACCACGCCUUGCUGGAGCGCGCGAAGGGCCAGCUCUACCUGAAGGGGUUCUACACGGGCGUGCUGAAGGUUGGUCCGUACGCUGGACAGAGCGUUGAGAAGGUCAAGGAGAGGAUUCGCGACGAGAUGGUCGAGGCGGGAGACGCGUUUUUGUACUGCGAGCCGGCGAGCGAGGUGGUAUCGAGGUCUGGAGACGUGUGCGUGGCGGCGUACAUUGACCAGUGGUACUUGGACUAUGGAGAGCCGUCUUGGAGGGCGCUGGCUGAGGAGUGCUUGAGCAAGAUGAAGUUUUACGGGAAUGACAGCAGACAGUUGUUCGAGCGCGGGUUGGAGUGGAUGGGUCGUUGGGCUUGUUCUAGGAGUUACGGGUUGGGGUCUCGGAUACCUUGGGACGACCAGUUUUUGGUCGAGUCGCUGAGCGAUUCGUCUAUUUACAUGGCCUACUUCACCGUCGCGCCCUACUUGCAUUCGGACAUUGAGGGCAGAAGGCCGGGUUGCAGGAACGUGCACAUUCGUCCGGAGGAGAUGACAUGCGAGGUUUGGGAUUUCAUAUUUAGGAACGGGUCGUAUCCGGAGGGGACCGAGAUUCCCCGAGAGGUGCUCGAGGAGAUGAGGAGGGAGUUUUUGUACUGGUACCCGGUGGAGUUGCGCGCGUCUGGAAAGGAUUUGGUGACGAAUCACUUGUUGUUUUGGAUUUACAAUCACGUGGCCAUGUUUGAGCCUCGCGCGUGGCCGCGCGGCGUUCAGGUGAACGGUCACGCAUUGUUGAACAAGGCCAAGAUGUCGAAGAGCACGGGGAACUUCAUCACGCUGCGGGAGGGGGUGAAUCGGUUUACGGCGGACGCGAUGCGGUUUGCGCUGGCGGACGCUGGAGACACGUUGGACGACGCGAAUUUUGCGUUUGACGUGGCGGAUGGAGCGUUGCUGAGGUUGCACGCCCAGCUGGAGUGGACGAAGGAGGUUUUGGCGGACAUCAAGGCGAUGAAGGGUGGAGUGUCGUCAGUGGAGGUGCAGUCAGACGCAGGGGGAGACGGCGUGUGCGCGGAGUCGGCUCAGAGGUCGCCGAGGCGUCAGAAGAUGGAUUCCGAGUCGCUGGUUUUGACAGUCGGGGGGGAGUUGCUGAGCAACUUGAGCGGUGACCACAAGGGAUUGGACGCGUUGUCUUCGUCGCUGGACUCGAUUGGCACGCCCAAGAUGGCCCAGCCAUUUCGAACGAGCGAGUUCAACUUCAUGGAUCGCGUUUUUGCGAAUCAGAUGUGGCAGUCCGUCAAGGCGACCAACGAGGCCUACAGCGCCGGCAUGUACAAGGAGGCCAUCAAGCAGGGGUUUUUCGACCUGCAGAACUAUCGCGACACGUACCGCGACACGCAGCGCCUGCACGGCUCCGCGAUGCACAUGGAGCUGAUUCUGUGCUUCAUCAAAAUUCAGGCGUUGCUGAUUUGUCCGAUAUGUCCUCACUGGGCGGAGUACGUGUGGACGCGUCUGCUGCAGCAGGACAAGUCGAUCAUGUGCGCGAGGAUGCCGGUGGUGAGCAGCGAGGGGCAAGGCGAGUCGCGUCCGGUGGACGGGGUGCUGGGUCUGAGCACCAACAGCGCCUCGGUCAUGGUUCUCCCUCCGGUUGAUCACGUCUGUCUGGAACAAUACGACUAUCUGAUGCGCAACUUGCACCUGUGGCGCGUUCGCCUGAUCAAGCAACGGGGUUCCUCCAAGGGGCGCCAGCUGUCGAUCAAGCUGACCGUGGCGCGUCGCUACCAGGAAUGGCAGGAGCUCAGCGUUGCGCUGCUGAAGGAGCUGUAUUUGGAGGAGCUGGACGGGAAGGCGGCGAAGACGCUUCCGAGUCAGAACUUGAUGCUCGAUCGCGUCAGUCGACACCCAACUCUUAAAUCCCACGUGGGGAAGGUGAUGCCCCUGUUGAACAGCUCGUGCCAGGCGUUCAAGACCCGCGGCGAGGCGGUGUUUCUCCAAGAAACGCAGUGGGACGAGGCCCAGUUUUUGGAAGACAUGAAGUCUGUCAUCAAGAACUCGCUGGAGGUCGGCGCCGUAGAAAUCGAGGCGAUCGAGCGGUACGACGCGAGCAUCGGGGCGUCGAAGAAGAGCAGGAACGCGUGCGCCGUGCCGGUGCCGGGGUGUCCGAAGCUGGAGAUCCUCCAAGCAUGAGCAGGAGCGGGAAAAAAAAAAAAAAGACAGGUCCCCGCGGUACGCGCGCGCAGAGCGCUGAAAAAAAAACGAGAAAAAAAAAUAAAUCAAUUCAAAAUAAGAGAAAAAAAAAAC